AAAUCUUCGCGCCUCAUAAUAACACCUUACACACGCAAAUAUGUGUUCAAGCCGUAAAUAAUUAUUACACAAAUUCGCAUUUAACAAUCACAUCGAGUAUUAGGGGUUUUUCGUAUAUGACUUUACAGAGACAUUGUCUCAUUAUUUCAGAAAGCGAAAGUAAAACAGAAAAAUCGGGAGCACGUCUGGAUUCUCGCUGAUUUUUGUCUGUUUCAUCGUUUAUAUUUGACUCUGUUGAUUAUAUUUGACUCUGUUGAUUAUAUUUGACUGUUGCUGUGCUGAACGCGUCUACAUCGAGUCUAAAACAAGCAGAUUACUGUGAUUUAACGAACGAAGCUGUAUCUCAGGCAUGAUGUCGAUUAUGAUCGCUUUACUGGUGAAUCUCUUCAUAGAAACCUCUGUGUCGUUGACUUUAGUGGUUCCUGGUGAUCCUGUAGUGGCUCAUGUGGGAUCUACAGUGAUUCUUCCCUGCUGGAUCUCUCCUGCUCAGAACGCUGAAGCUCUGGAGAUCCGCUGGUACCGUCACGAUCAGUUCAACAACCCUGUUCUGCUCUAUAAUCAUGGGAAGAUCCAGGACGUCCAGGAGGAAUCAUACAGGAACCGAAGCUCACUGAAGCCAUGGUCAGAUCAGUCUGGUGGACUGAAGGAGGGAGACGUCUCUCUACGGCUGGAGAAACUCACACUUCAGGAUGAAGGUUCAUUUCGCUGUUAUGUGAGUGGAGACAAAGAAUAUGACAGCAAACAGGUGGCUCUCAAAAUAACUGCUUUAGGAUCCACUCCUGUCCUUGUUCCAAAGUCUCUUGAUGAUGGGCGUCUGAACAUCAGCUGCAGGUCCAGUGGCUGGUAUCCAGAGCCCAGUGUUACGUGGAUGUGUGACGACAGAAGUGUUCACCGUCCUGGUGGAACGUCUCACAUUCUUGGACCAGACGGGAUGUUCCUUGUUCAGAGCUGGAUGGCCGUCUCUUUCUCAGAUGCUCAACAGAUCUCAUGUUCACUGUCCAUCAUUACUGAAGAGUUCAAAGAAAGUAGGAUUGACGUACAGGACAUCAUCUGGAAAGGAAAUGACCAAGUUGUUUCAUCAGGUCCAUGGGAAGCUCUGUUCUUCACUCUUCUCAUAUUUGCUCUUCUGGGUUUGAUUGGCUUUAUCCUGUACAAAUACAGAGAGAAACUAACAGGGAAGAAACCAGUUGGUCAAAAUUGUGUGGAAGAAGCUACACAUGGACUGUUAAAAGGCGGUGAGAGAGAUGGAAAUACAGAAGAGCAGAGGAAACAUGCAGAUUGUAUGGAAGAAACUGUGAAGAAACUGAUGAAAGACGUUGAGACAUACGUAGAUUUUGAAGAUCCGAGGAAACAAAAAGGUGAGAGAGAUGGAAUUAUAGAAGAGCAGAGGAAACAUGCAGAUUGUGAGGACAAAACUAUGAAGAAAGUGAUGAAAGACGUUGAGACAUACGUAGAUUUUGAAGAUCCAAGGAGACAAGAAGCCGUGGGAGACGUAAACAUAGAAGAACUGAGGAAACAUGCAGUUGAGAUCACUAUUGACCGUGAGCGUCUACAUCCAGAUCUGAAGGUUUCUCAGGACGGUAAAACUGUGAGGGACAGUCCAGAUUAUAAACGCACUGGGGAGGAAUUUCCAAUUCAUUUAUGUGCUUUUGGAGCCCAAAGAUUCUCCUCCGGUUGUCACUAUUGGGAGGUAGAACUGGCACAAGAAAAUACUCCUCCCAAAAACUACUGGUUAAUUGGCGUGGUGAAAGAUGGAAAUUUAACUGCAAGAGACAAAUCUGGUUUCACUCCAUUCUACGGUUUCUGGUUCUUGUAUUCAGACGGUCCUAAUGGCUUUGAAAUCAACACUAAUCCAUCAGUUAAACUCUCUCUGACUCCGAGACCUGAGCGACUGGGAGUUCUGUUGAAUUAUGAUGAAGGUCAGCUGUCAUUUUACAACGUCACAGAGAGAAAACAUCUCCUGACCAUUAAAACCAAAUUCUCUGUAUCAGUCCGUCCUCUCUUCAAUCCUGGAGCUGGUGAUCAGAGCGAGAUUAGAAUUCUGGAUUGUACAAAACCCUGAAGAACCAUCUGUAGACUCCAGUCAGCCUUUACUGAGUAAUAACAGCGCAGACGGGAAAGCGGUCAGUCUAUGCAGCAUGAGCCGGAAACAGAAUUGAUUGGUUCUUUUUUUUUUUUUUUUAUUAAUGCCAAGGUACCAAAUAUAAAUUACAGAGAAUGUCAAUAUUGCAUACAAAGAAAUGGCAUUACAUGCAAAGUUUAAUUUACAAAUGUAAACAUAAAAAAAAUAAAAAUAAAAUAAAUAAAAAUAAUACUUAACAAAUGAUUUAAGAAAAUAAAAAUUAAAAAGAUUAAACAGCCUUAAGGUUUUUGGAAUAUUAAAUAGUUUGGAUAUACUGUUGAACCGCUAAAAAAAAAAUAAAAAAUCAAA